AUGUCUCAAAACAGGUGUGCCAACCCCCUCCUCUUGGAGUGGGUCAAGGAGUGGUGGGAAACAGCGCGGCAGCGCAACUCCAAGGGCGUCACCACGUACAAGCACGCCUACGACUCUCUCAAGGCCUGUCCCAUCGCCUUCGAGCACCCAUCGGCGCUGCAGCAGCUCAAGGGCUUCGGGCCGAAGCUUUGCGAGCGGCUCACCGACAAGCUGCGGGAGUACUACGAGGAGAAUGGCCUGCCUAUGCCGGCACACCCCCGUUCUAGGAAACGUGGGGCUGGGGCUUGUGCUGAGGGAGGAGAUGGAGAUGGGGACGAAGAUGACGGCGAGGCUGCGCGCCCAGCGAAGAAGGCUAAGAAACCACCCAAAGCCUACGUGCCGGCCUACCGGUCCGGGGCGUAUGCCCUAGUGGUUGCGCUGUCGAGGGCAGGGCAGGAGUCGGUCGGACUGCCCAAGGCAGAGCUGAUCGAGGCCGCGCAGCCGUACAGCGACGCGUCGUUCUCGGCGCCGAGCGAUCCCACCAAGUUCUACACGGCGUGGAACUCGAUGAAGACGUUGUUGCAGAAGGAGCUGGUGUAUGAGCGCGGGCGGCCGCUUAAGCGGUACGCACUGACGGACGAAGGGUGGGAGGUGGCGAAGCGGAUUCGGGAAACGGCUGUGCCGCAGGCAGGUGGUGCUGGAGGGGCAGAACCACCGUUCACGGGAGCAGCGGCUGCCGGGCCGAGCCGAUUAGCGCAGGCGAUUACUAUGCCGGGUGGGUCAGCAGGAGGGCAGAUCAGCCUUGACGAUGGCGAUGAAGAUGACGUUGGGGAUAGCGGCCCCCAAGCGAAACGGAUGACCGAGUUUAGUGAUGUCGUCGCGGACGGGGUUGGAACAUUCGACGAUGCAGCACUGCCCUCGUUCACCCCGAUUCAGCUACGUCCCGGGACCUUCACCAUCGAGCUACUCCUGGACACCCGCGAAAUACGAGCCACGACGGACCGCGACUACAUCCAGGAAGAGCUAGCCAAGCGGGGCGUCAAACCGAUCACCCGCGCCCUAGAACUAGGCGACGCCAUGUGGGUAGCACGGCCACGACAGGCAGGCUGGCUAGCACGGCAGGGCGCAGAAGGUGACGAAGUGGUACUCGACUGGAUCGUGGAGCGCAAGCGGCUGGACGACCUGGUGGGCUCGCUACGGGAUGGGCGGUUCCACGAGCAAAAGUUCCGGCUCAAGCGGUCCGGCGUCCAGAACGUGGUGUAUCUCGUAGAAGAGAUCAGCAUGGACGCGACGCACUUCCAAAAGUAUGAAGAAGCCGUGCAGUCGGCCAUGGCCUCGAUGCAGGUCGUCAACGGCUACUUUGUCAAGCAAACAAAAAAAGUAGACGACACGAUCCGGUACCUGGCGUCCAUGACCAAGAUGCUGCGGACGCUGUAUGAGAGCAAGACCCUCAACGUGAUCCCCACGCGCGUGCUCACGGCCAAGAACUACCUCCCGCUACUCGGUCACCUGCGCGCGACCCAGCAGCCGCCGGGAGCUAACAACAGUAGCAGCAACAUCAACAUCAGUAACAUCAGCAACCACUACAUCAGCUACCCGGCCUUUGCGUCACUGGCGUCCAAGUCGAGCAACAUGGCGCUGCGGGACUUGUUUCUCAAGAUGCUGAUGUGUGCGCGCGGGGUGACGGGGGAGAAGGCGAUAGAGAUCCAGCGGGUGUGGAAGACGCCGAACGAGUUUGUGCGUGCGUACGAGCAGUGCGGGUCGGGAGACGGGAACGAGGUGAAGAGGCGGAAGGCAGAUUUGGUGGCUGCUCGGCUGGGACAUCUGGUCGGGCGGAAGAAGAUUUCCAAGGCGGUCAGCUUGAAGUUGGCUGAGGUGUGGGGAGAUUUAUGA